AUGAAGUCCUCUGCCCACCGGAUUCAUCGGAGUCGGUUUUCGCUACCCGGUCUGCCGGACGCAAGCAUAGGAAGUCUGAAUGCCAACUCCGCUGCCUUUCAUUGUCAGACGACCGGCUUGCAGCCUCCGCUGCGAUGCGUCUCCGGAUCGUCCGGUGACCUCGACCCCGACUGGACAACCGGCUUGAUUCAGUCGACAGACCGGUUGUCAGAUCCGGGUGACCCAAACCUCUGCGGCAUCUCUUCCCUCUACUCCACCGCCAAGCGGAGUCGAAACGCCGAUUCCAACGCCGACGCCGACGCCAACGUCAACGCCGAUGUUGAGGCCAACGCCAACGUUUCGGGUCAGGAGUUGGAGGCAGGUGGUGAGUUUAACGACAUGUCGGCGAGCUUAAAACGACGAAAGCGGCAAAAGUGUGACUCGCGGCCACGUCGCUCCGACAUGGACGAUUUGGUGGCCGAUCAAGAGGCUGAGGAGGAGGAAGACGAGGAAGACGAGGAAGAGGAGGAAGAGGAGGAGGAGGAGGAGGAGGAAGAGGAGGAAGAUGAGGAAGAGGAGGAAGAGGGGGCAGAGGGGGCAGAGGAAGAGGAAGAUGAGAGGAGAAAUAAAGGCGCCAUGAAAGAACCAACAAGUCAAGUUGAGACAAAAAAAGCAGAGCAUGAAAUUAGCGAU